AUGGGCAUCGAAUACAGCACCGCCAAAUGGCUCGCACCAGCCUCGUUCAUCUACGAUUUCGCUGCUCAGCAGUAUGGACUGAACAGCACACCUUCGAUGAAGCAAAUCAAUGAUAGAAACACGUCUUUCUGGAGCCCUCAACCUUACUUCAUUGGUGGCUUCUUCGCACCUCAGCAGAUCGUACAGUUGGCCUGGUUGUACCGCCUGUGGAAGCUCGACCCCAGCAAGCCGAAGGAGAAGAGCGAGUUGGACCAGAUCGUCAACUUUGUCCCAUACUACGCCCUUGGAAACGUCUGCAUUGGCACAUGGAUGUUUUGGUGGAACUCAGAAGCCUUGAAGAUCUCUAACAUAUUCGUUGUCAUCAACUCGUUCAGUCAACUUUACUUUAUCUUCACCAAACUUGGACCUAUGAACACCAAGAGUCUCUCGUCCGUUCUCACGCACGUCAACGCAAAGACCUUCGCUGGCAUUGGUGUUCUCGACUUCCUUCACAACCUGAGUGUUGCAUACUACAAGGGCGCUCUGCCUAGCCCUGCCAUCAAGGCUAUUACCGGUGCCGGAUUUGCUGGUCUCGCUGCAUGCAGCGACUGGAUCUUCGGUGGAUGCCUCGUCUACGAUCUUGUUGCCCUGAGCGUCGGCCAGGCCACUUUGAACAACCCCGACUGGAGCAAGAUGUUGGGUGGAUUCGCAGUCAUGACUGCCGGCAUUGUUGGCCUGAGAAACUACUUCAUGUAG